UACUAUUUCUCCUGUCAAAAAACGCGCGCGCAUCACAUUAUAACUGACUGUUUAUCUUCACUCUUCUAAGCGACUGUAAUUCCAGUGAAAUUUUGAAUUGAAUCUAAUUUAGCCCUAACAAUGCACGCAUUCCUUAAAAAUAGCAAAGGCUUGUCGAAGGAUAAGACAAAGUCCAAUCAAGAAUCAUCGACCGUCAAUCGAAAGAAAACACCGGCUCCGUGGGUCGAGAAAUAUCGCCCAAAGUCGGUUGACGAUGUUGUGGAACAAGGUGAAGUGGUGGCUGUAUUAAAACAAUGUCUAAGUGGAGCGGAUCUACCCAAUUUACUUCUCUACGGACCACCAGGCACCGGUAAGACGAGUACCAUCUUGGCUGCUGCACGACAGUUAUUCGGCGAUAUUUACAAAGACCGAAUAUUGGAAUUGAAUGCUUCGGAUGAGCGAGGUAUAAAUGUUGUUCGUACCAAAGUGAAGAACUUUGCACAAUUAACUGCCAGCGCAACACGACCUGACGGCGAACCUUGUCCACCUUUUAAAAUAAUCAUUUUGGACGAGGCUGAUUCAAUGACCCAUGCCGCCCAGGCCGCCCUUCGUCGUACCAUGGAAAAGGAGAGUCGCACGACAAGAUUUUGUCUGGUCUGCAAUUAUGUGUCCCGAAUCAUACAGCCGAUUACGUCCCGUUGCACCAAAUUUCGAUUCAAAUCGCUGAGCGAGCAACGAAUUAUCGAACGGCUCCAAUUCAUAUGCAAAGAGGAAUCGGUUUCCGUCGACGACGAUGUUUACAAAAAUAUUGUCGACAUUUCGGGCGGUGAUUUGCGCCGGGCUAUCACAAUGCUGCAGUCGGUCUAUCGCCUGAAAGGUGGCCAAUCCGUUCAGAUCACCGCCGGCGAUAUACUGGAAAUAUCCGGCGUCAUACCGAAUCGAUAUCUGGAUGAAUUGUUGGGCAUCUGCCGGUCGGGAAAUUAUACGAAUCUGGAGAAGUAUGUGGAGGAUAUUAUCAACGAAGCGUUCAGCAUUGGCCAGCUGUUCGAUCAGUUGUGCGACUUUAUCAUUCAGCAUCCGGACAUAAGCAACAAGCAGAAGAGUGUCAUUUGCGAUACGUUGGGUAAAUGUUGUUUUCGUCUGGAGGACGGUGGUUCGGAGUAUCUUCAAAUAAUGGAUCUCGGAUGUACGAUCAUCAAGGCAAUGCAAUUGUCAGCGUAGCACUGCAGGAUUCACGGUUCGUACAUUACGUUGUUCUAUGAUGAUUUUUCGAAAUAAAAAAAAAACAUUUUUCCAACAGAAAUUUCGUUUUUUAUG